CCCUUCCCCUUCCCGCCCGCUCCCCUUUUCCCCUCGGUCGCCUCGCGCCUGCAGUUUUUGGCUUUCACCCCCACCAGUGACCAAAGACUUGACCACUCAAAGUCCAGCUCCUCAGAACACUGCUCGACAUGGACACCGGUGUGAUUGAAGGUGGAUUAAAUGUCACUCUCACCAUCCGGCUACUUAUGCAUGGAAAGGAAGUUGGCAGUAUCAUCGGAAAGAAAGGAGAAUCAGUUAAGAAGAUGCGCGAGGAGAGUGGUGCACGUAUAAACAUCUCAGAAGGGAAUUGUCCUGAAAGGAUUAUCACUUUGGCUGGACCCACUAAUGCCAUCUUCAAAGCCUUUGCUAUGAUCAUUGACAAACUGGAAGAGGACAUCAGCAGCUCUAUGACCAACAGCACAGCUGCCAGUAGACCCCCAGUCACCCUGAGGCUGGUGGUCCCUGCUAGUCAGUGUGGCUCUCUCAUUGGGAAAGGUGGUUGCAAGAUCAAGGAAAUACGAGAGAGUACAGGGGCUCAGGUCCAAGUGGCAGGGGAUAUGCUCCCCAACUCAACUGAGCGGGCCAUCACUAUUGCUGGCAUUCCGCAAUCCAUCAUUGAGUGUGUGAAACAGAUCUGCGUGGUUAUGUUGGAGACUCUCUCCCAGUCCCCCCCGAAGGGCGUGACCAUCCCGUACCGGCCCAAGCCGUCCAGUUCUCCGGUCAUCUUUGCAGGUGGUCAGGACAGGUACAGCACAGGCAGCGACAGUGCAAGCUUUCCCCACACCACCCCGUCCAUGUGCCUCAACCCUGACCUGGAGGGACCACCUCUAGAGGCCUAUACCAUUCAAGGACAGUAUGCCAUUCCACAGCCAGAUUUGACCCAGCUGCACCAGUUGGCAAUGCAACAGUCUCAUUUUCCCAUGACGCAUGGCAACACCGGAUUCAGUGCAGGUUUGGAUGCAUCUGCUCAGACUACUUCUCAUGAACUCACCAUUCCAAACGAUUUGAUUGGCUGCAUAAUCGGGCGUCAAGGCGCCAAAAUCAAUGAGAUCCGUCAGAUGUCUGGGGCGCAGAUCAAAAUUGCGAACCCAGUGGAAGGAUCUACUGAUAGGCAGGUUACCAUCACUGGAUCUGCUGCCAGCAUUAGCCUGGCUCAAUAUCUAAUCAAUGUCAGGCUUUCCUCGGAGACGGGUGGCAUGGGGAGCAGCUAGAACAAUGCAGAUUCAUCCAUAAUCCCUUUCUGCUGUUCACCACCACCCAUGAUCCAUCUGUGUAGUUUCUGAACAGUCAGCGAUUCCAGGUUUUAAAUAGUUUGUAAAUUUUCAGUUUCUACACACUUUAUCAUCCACUCGUGAUUUUUUAAUUAAAGCGUUUUAAUUCCUU